GUGAAGAAACAGAGCAUGACAGAUUGGGCCCAAUUGGAAGUGCCCCACCUCUCAUUCGUCAUGUACCUAUUCCUGAAAGUGUCCAAUGGGAAUAUUCCGCUUCUUCACUAGGUGAAACCUCCCUUCAAGAGGUGAACCUUGGAUUAGACAUACCUUUGGAUCCAUCUAUCAUGCUUCCAAUUAACACACAAGGAAAUAAUGGCCACACUU